AUGAACUCACAAAUUGACGAUUUGUUUUUAGAAAUAGAAACUCUAAUUAAACUUCAACUCAAAGAUAAUGUUCAAAACAAUUCCGAGGUUGAACAAAAAUUUAAAGAUGCAAUAACAUUAAUUAAUGAAAUAGAGGCUGAUGAUGAGAAACAACAUGGAUUAUAUAGAUAUAAAUAUCACUCAACUUAUAAUAGCUAUUUAAAGACAGUGGGUGAUUUGAAAAAUGCCGACAAACAAGAAAAAUUAGCAAAAAAAUUUGAAAAAUAUUCGAAUACUCAUGCUGAAGUAUCUCCACAAUUCAAACUAUUUACAGACGUUACAACCCCAAAUACCGUCAAUCAAGAUCAAGAUUGCAACCUUAAAAUUAAGGAAAUUGCAGAAAAAUUGAAAAAUAAUUUAAAAGAUGAAUUAACUGACACUAAUCUAGGUGAUAAAUUUAUUAGUGAGAUACAACAAAUUUUUGAAAAGCUUAAUGGGGUAACAAAAACCUUUGACGGCUAUCUAGAAACUGUAAAUUGUGAGAUUUAUCUCCGUAAGUUAGCUGAUAACUUAAUUAAUGAGAAAUUAAUCAUUCUGGAAGCUCCUCAGAGUUUAGCUAACUGUAAUAAUAAAGAAGAGUUUGAUAAUAAAUCUUCAAAACUUGAAAACGUUAAUACAGAGUUGAUCGAUUAUUUGAAGAGUUUAAAAUUCUUAGCACAUGAAAUAGCGUAUUCAAAAAGGAUAGAAUUUAUUUCGUUUUUUUCGAAUUCUUCAAAUAAAAUAGAGAUUUUAUUUAAAAAUGUUAUAAAUACAGAAGAAGAGAUUAAUAGACGUGCUAGAUUAAUUGGAUCGUGUUUUCAUCCAGAUAGAACUAAAAAUCCAAAUUGCCCAUUUUGGCUUAAAGGAAUAUAUAAAAGUCAAGGAGAUGAGUUAUUCAAAUUAAUCUCAAAAUUCAAAGAACAUUUAUUGAAUAAUUUGAAGACAUUCUCAGAACCUGAAGAUAAAAUAAGUGACUAUGAAAAAUUCGGCCAUGAUCUUUGGAAAAUUACUAUUGAUUAUCAUAACGCGUCAAAAGGAGAAUGGAGUAAGUUGAAAGUGUUGAAGGAAGAUGAAAUCAAGGAACUUUCUCCCGAAUCGUUAAAACAUAAAAGCAUGUAUAUGGGAGAAUUAGCAUACCAUCAAUACCGAGCAGCGUGUAAAGUUGCUGAUAAAAAUAAACUGUUAAAAAAACAAGUAAAAUUACGAGGAUAUAUGGCUUUAUGUUUAUAUUUCACAAAUAAAUUUUUAGAAGCUCCAUUAUAUGCCUUAGCAGCAAUUCAUUUACAGAUUCAGAAUUCGCAAAAUGUUACGCAACAAGAAUUAAAUGAAGCAAAAAAAUUAUUCGAUAAAGUUAACGGUAGAAAAGAAUGUAGUAAAGGAGGUGAGGAGUGUGUGACCUCCAAUUCAAAUACUGAAGUUAAAUUAGAAAGUGAUUUUAAUAACGUGAUGACUUUAGUAAAAAUAAAAGAUCAAGAGAUUUCUUUCAAUCAUAGAAAGCUUAUUCAGAAUUCAAUCAAUAAAGAUUUGAAUAAUAUGGCUACUAAAUUAUUUAUUGAAGCUGAUCGUAGUUUGGUUUGUUAUCAAACAUCAUACAAGGAGAUUUUAAGUGUAGAAAAGCAUGCAACUUCGAAUAAACUUAAAGGAGGAGCUACUAUAGUAGGUGGUGCAAUGGGAGGAGGUGUAGUAAUCUCUACAGCCCUGGGAAAUAUUUGUGAAGCUACGUUUGAAUUUGGAAUUAGGUCAUUGGCUACCCCGGCCUUUUUAGUUGUGGGUGCAUUCGUUAUUGUUGCCGCCGGAGUAUAUAGCGGUUUAGGUCUGUAUAAAAAAGGCGCAAAGAUGUUAAAAGAGCCAAAAAUUCGAGAAAAGCUCAACGAAAUCAUGACUAAGGCGUUAAACUCCUACGAUAAAGGAGAAUAUCAAGAAUUUAUAAAUGUACUUUCUGAAGAAUACGAUGAAAAGAGUCACAAAAGCCUUAUAGAGUGUUGCGAUGGAAUCGGUAUUAAAGGAACAGAUGAUAUAGUAAGCACGCUUAAAAUGCAUGGUUUCAGAUCGGAUGGUAUUGCAUACCUACUUGUUCUGCUGGGAGAGGUCUUAGGUAGUGGAAAAAUAAAAAUCGAAGGUGUCACACAUACAGAUCUCAAGACACAUGCGAAGAGGAUUUUUCGAGAGGCACUGAAUAACGAUCUUGUAGUGGAAGCUAGAAAGUUAGAUGAUUGUACUAGUGAAUUGCGAAAAACUAGUAAAGGAGACUAUACGAGGUUGUUUAAAAGCACUUGUGGUAAAGUUGUAGAUUCUAUUUUAUCGAGGGAGCAUACAAGAUUAGCUCUAGAAUAUUUAGAUGACUCUCUAGAAAUGCCUUUUUUUUCAAGACUUGAAGAAAUACGUAACAUUGCAAGGAUUAAUAUUGCAAUUCUAAAUAUAACAGAAUAUGAUUUAUCCGCAUGUAAAGAGGCCAUCAAAAUUGUUGACGAAGUUCGAAAAUCAAUAAGAGAAAAUUAUCAAUUUAUUAGCAAAGUUCAAUUACGUUUAGAUACAUUGGAGGAUUUCUUGUGGAUAAUUAGUGGGGAGAUUCUACCUGAUACAUCUUUUACCAAUUGUUCCGUUACGACAGAAUCAGCUCUGGAACUGAAUGAUAAAUACAUUACUUACUUGAAUAAUCAACUAUCGUUUAACCAAGAGAAAACACAUAAAUAUGAUAAAGCAGUUUAUUUUGAACAAUUGUCUGAAAAAGAAGCUAAAAUUAAUAUGCUAAACAGUUUACGUUAUUGGCAAUGUGCUCAAGAAAAUUAUGAAAGUUUACGCAAAAUAGAUCCUGAAGAAUUGACUUAUUCCCUGGGAUAUGCAAGAUGCUUACUAAAAUUAUCUAAAUACACCCAAGUUAUUGGACUUUCUGAUACAUGCCCUGCAUUAAAUACUUUAUCGGAAUAUUGGCACUUUUGUAGUAUAGCUUAUUUUAAGCAAGCAAAAUAUAAAGAUUCCAAGUCAUUUAAUACUGAAGCAUUGAAAAUAGAUCCUAAAAAUAAGCCAGCUGAUAAACACAGAAGACUUAUUAACAAAGUAAACGUGGAAAAUAUUGUUAAACACCACCUUGAUUGCUAUAAAAGUGAAUUGAUAUAUGAAGCAGAUUAUUUAAAAAAUUCACACAGUAAUGAACGUCCUGUCUAUAAUAUUCUAUCAAUUGAUGGUGGAGGAAUACGUGGAUGA